UGUUCGGGCCUCUUUCUCGUCGUUCCUUCUCAGCGGUCGAGAAGGACAAGUCCAACGACGAUGGCGCCGUACGACAACUCGCUAUGGUACAUCGAGACGAACACCCACCCGCUCCUGGAGAUGACCUCGGGCCAUAAAGGCCCGGAGAUGGUCAACUACCUCCGCCCGUCGUUUUGGAGACGCUUUUUGGAGCUCCAGCGGGUCAUGUGGGAGACCAAUGCCGGCCUGACGGAGAGGCACGCCUACGACUCGCGACCCCAGACGUGGCCGGUGCUGAGGCGGGGCAUCAACUUCUGGACAAAGGACCACAGGCAGGUCUACCUGGUGGGCAACCCGCUGAUCUGGUGGGGGAGCCUGUGUGCCAUCAUGGUCUACGUCGCCAUUCGGGCGCUGCUCAUGCUGCGAGCCAAACGAGGCUAUCGCGACUACCACGACUCCAUGGUGGUCUUUUACGACCAGACGGCCGGCUUCCUAGCCUUGGGCUGGGCGAUGCACUUCUUCCCCUUCUUUCUCAUGAACCGCCAGCUGUUCGUGCACCACUACCUCCCCGCCCUCUACUUUGCCAUUCUCCUCAUGGCCGUACUGUUUGACCUGCUCACCUCUGGCCUGCGGCCAAAGUACCGCUUCCUCGCCGCCUCGAUCCUCGUCGCCAUUGCUGCGCUCAGCUACUCGACCUAUGCGCCCCUGACGUAUGCCGAGCCGUGGACGAAGCAGGCAUGCGAGCGGGCGCGCCUGGUCAAGAGCUGGGACUUUAACUGCCGCGAGUUCCCCGACUCGCUCAGCGAGUACGACGCCUUCGGACCGGCGAUCCACACCGUGCUGCCGCCGACGACGUCGGCCCACGUCUCGGCGCCCGUCGGCGGUGGUGGUGGUGGUGGCGCCGGGCACGCCGCCGAGGCCGGCGACGGGACGACGCAGGCGCUCACGGAGCAGGCCGCAGCAGCGCAGGCAGGCAACCAUCCGUUUGAAAAGAAGCCCGACAAGGCGCAGGAGAGCGGCGGCGGCGUGCAGAGCGGCGGUGGCCAGGCGCCCGUCUUCCAGGAGCAGCCGGCCGCACAGCCAGCAAAGGUGGACAAGGCCGCCGAUGCGCCCCCGCCGGUGCCUCAGCGAGGUGCGGCCGACAGCAGCAGCAGCAGCAGUGACAAAAAGAAGGCCAGCUCAGAGACGCAGGCAAACAUCGCAGGCAUGGACGUCGAAGGCGUGGAGCAGGUCGUCAUGGAGGGAACAGCAAAGGUGCAGGCCAACACGGUGCCCGACCCGCAGGCGGCCAACAUGCCCAGCCAUGCGGCCACAGACGAUACGGCCAACACACAGGUGGCCAGAGAUCUGGGUGAUAGCUAAGCGGAAGGCAAUUGAAACAAAAAAAAUGGGAAACUUUGGUGUCUUUUGUUUGUCUUGCGAAAAAUGACGUACUGUUACACAU